AUGUGGAGAAAUCACUGCAUUUCUCUUGUGGCUGCACCAGCUUCUGUGCUGGUUAUGAACAACGACAAAUCGAAAAUCAAAAAAUAUCAGUCAAAUAAGGUAGAGCUGGUAAAAGCUAUCAACAGAAAGGUCUCCACGUAUAUGAUGAAACAUGGCAUACCAGGGUUGAGCUUAGGUAUUUCUAUUGACGGUCACACGUUCCAUUGCAAAGGUUUCGGGUACUCUAAUGUGGAAACUCUAACUAAAUGCACUUCAAAUACGGUCAUGAGGAUCGCUAGCUUGAGCAAACCCAUAACCUCGGCAAUUGCCUCCAGACUAGUUCAAGAAGGGCUUCUGGAUUUAGACAAGCAUAUUCAGGUAGAUAUCGGUUCAUUGUGUUGA